AGGGGCGCACCUCCCUGGAUAACAGCGCAUACAAGUUGUUGGGAUUACAUUCUUGAAGAAGGGAUAAGAGAGGAGGAAUUCGGUUACAGGAGAUAGCUACCGAAAACACUUAAACAUCUAUCCCUAUGUCUAUCCCUACAAUGCUGCGUUUAACAGAUACAAUUCUUGAAGCAACGAGCUACAACCAAGAGCAACGGUGGCUUUCCUGGCUAGAACAACAUCAAAAGCACGAGCAGGGGAAUAGGCUCCCCGAGUAGAAAAGCAAAUGGGGUGUGCUAACAUUGGAACAAGUAACCCAGACAUGGCCACUAGAGGCGACGAUCAGACCACGACUGUGCCAUCAGCCGGCUCGAUCUGCUCAAGAUCUAAACCAUUAGCACCCCGGUGCCGAUGAGCGCAUCUUCAACCCACUGUGGCAAGGUCAGAGUCAAGCCAAAGCAGAGCGUCAAGUGCAUUGACAGCAAUGGCAGGCAGCUGUCCGCGGAACAACUCAGUAACUUGGUUGGCUUGGUAUUCUUGUUUGCCACAAAUUAAGUUUCCUGCUACCUCCUACUCCCAUGUCGUUUCAAACCUUGCAUCAAUUUCAUGGAGGUCUUCCCCAUGCUUGCACAACUAGCAAUUGUAGAGCAUUUUUCUUCUUCUUGUGACCUCUGUAGCACUAGAGGUGCCGAUUAUUUAUAAACUGGGGGCUGAGCGAGAGGGUACAUAAGUGCAACAUUAGCGCCUUCACCAAGUGAAUAACCAUCGUACAUAUGCAACGGGUGGGGAGCUAGAAAAAUCAGAACUUUACUAUACGCAUCUUAUGUUUGAUGGGUGAAUUUAAGGCAGCACAGACUUGUAUUAACUAGACGCUCCAUAUUUAGAAGUCAGAGAGCUUCCUCGUCUAUGCCACCUUCGUUUGCACCAAGAUGUAUUUUUAUGUUUUGUUCCAUUAUCCCCUGAUAGUGGAACUCGAGCCCUUCUGGGAUCCUACGGUAAACAAAUCUAUGCUCCCUUCACGAACAAACAGGGGAAGAAGACGAUAGAACAAAAACGCAAGAGCACAAACUGCUAUUGCGUCUAAAUAUGUUAUUUCACUAUGGUUUCAAAGUAAUGAAUAUGGAACUAUAAUUUUUACGCUUGCGCAUUUCGAAAUAUAUAUAAUGAACAAAAAAGGGGAACCUCGAAUGGUUGAAUGAGCCGUCUAAGGUGAUAAACAUAUGCCGAAGGUUGUGUGUUCACAUAUGCUUGCGAUAAGGCCUAUCACAGGUGGUUUCAAUGCAAAACCGCCUAGGCCUAUUAAAGGUGUUUACAUACACUCCUUCCACUUGGUCUCGAGUAGAACUGUAUUAAAAAUGUAACAAAACUGAUAUUACAGAAAGCUCAAAACAUUCAGCCCAAAAAUAACUGGCAUAUCAGAGAAUCUUUGAACUCUUGCCCCAUGUAAAAUUAUUUCUACCGGUCUACACAAACCCAAAAUAAUACAAUUAAUGUCGUCCGAUCUAGAACAUAUCUUAUAGACGAUGGAUUAUUAGUCUUUAAGCUACAGGAACAUUGGAUGACCGGGGCACACUGAAACAUCCUCAAUGCUGCAAUCAAAGAGGCCAAGAUCCUUUAUUUGCGCAAAGUAGUCACAGUCAAGGUUUUGGGUACCGGGCGGAAAAUUCGGUUACCGCCCUGUUCCCGCGUUUCUCGCUACCCCACGAGAAAGCUGCAUCCCGAGCAAAAAGAAAUCGAAUUUUUUGAAAUUUUUGAAUUUCAACGGCUCGCAUGUACUCCCAUGUACCUGCUACCUCCAGUCCGCAGUUUGUCCAGCUGUGUGUUCUGCAUUGCAGCCCAAGAUUCAGGAUUUGCUUGACAGUUUAUUGUUGUUGGCUACAAACUAAGUUUCCUGCUACCUCCUACUCCCAUGUAUUCCUGUCGCCUCAACAUGUCAAACCUUUGCAUCAGUUUUCAUGGAUAUCCUCCCGAUGCCUGCACAAGUACAACUAGCAACGUAGAACACUUUUCUACUUCUUAUGAACUCUAGAGCACUAGAAGUGCCGAAUAUUUAUGAAUGAAGGGUGAGGGAGAGGGUGCAUAAGUGUAACAGAAGUGGCUUCAUCAGCUAAAUAACUGUCGUACAAAUGCCAUGAAUGGAGCUGAGCUAGUUAACUCUAUCCAGUAGAUGAUGGUUGAUGUAUGAAUUUAAAGAGGCACAGUUUCUCCUUUUCUUUAUGAAUGAAAGCAGCAUAAUUGUAUUAACUAGACUCUCCUUAUUUUCAAGCAGUUGAAGUUUCAGUGAGAGAGGGAUUGCAACACCCGAGCUCCACUCCUCUCUAUAUGUAAACAUUUUGAAAUUUGUAUUUUUGAAGUUUCAAAAAAAUGUGAAAUUUUUCGCAGGGAUACAUAUACACAUUCCGAAUACCCGUGGCAAGUUUCGGUAGAAAUCUCGUUUUGUUUUGGGCUAUAGAAAAAAACCAAAUUUCUGACACUAUAUAGGAGAAAAGGUGUGCCAUUUUCUGUCAGAAAUUUCUCUUUUGUGUACUUCCCAAAAUAUAAAGUAUUUCUUUUUCAGCUUUUUACCAUGCCUUAGGAAUGUGUGUAUGUAUUCACGUAUUUGAUAUAAGAUUUCUUUAAGCAACAAAACUGUGUUUUUCAAAAAUUUCAAAUACCAGGAGCCCUGGAGCCCCGUAGCUGCAGGCACUUUUCGAAGUCCCUUUUUGUGCGUGCAAUUGUGUUUCAGUAUUUUUUUGUCAAGUUUCAGUCACUUUUGUGAUUUCAGUUGCUUUUGUUAAGUUUCGGUCACUUUUCUGAACUUUCAUUCACCCUAUUAUUGAUACUUCACUAGUUUUGCAUUUGUUGAAACUACACCUUUAUUUUAGUGGAAUUGCAACUUGUCUUCGUAGUAAUUGCACUUACCUUUUUUUAAAGAUUUUUUUGUUUUCUUUUUGCUGCAGUUGCAUUUUGCUUUGGUGCAAAAAGAAUAUCGCCGCUCUCAUCAUUAAGCCACACAUACACAGACAUCAGUAUCUGUUUAUAGUAACCAACGAAAUGCCAAUCAGGUGCAAAGACCUUCUGACCGGGUCCUCUGGAUAACCGAAGUGGAGCGAUGAUGAGAUCUUGACCCGUGAACAAGUGUCUGGUGCUCACGUCCCGAGGCCACGAUGUCGUCGGAGAGAAGGUGGAGGAAAUAAAUACAACUUGUGGAGAGCUGGCACCGAGGGACACUUGCUGCUUGUGGAGAGCAGCCACCAGAAAGCAGAGGAUUCAGAGUAGAACGAGAGCAGGGCAGAGGAAGAAGACAGGUUUCAUUUCUGUUUGAUGUCUCGCUCGGCUGUCUCAAGGAGGAUCUCACGCUGCUCAGACAUAGAAUCAGGGACAAGCAUGUUGCUUGUUUCUGGGAAUGGAUAGAUUCAAACUUCUUACUUUUUUCUUCCGUUUCCUAGAGCUGAAAUGGUGGUUUCCUCUUCCUUUUAGAUAGUUUUGUUUUCUCCUUUUUCUUCUUUCCUCCUACCAUUGUAACUUACUAUUAUUAUUAAUGAAAAUUGCUGUAGAACAAUUUUCUACGGUCCAGGGCUUAAAAAAAUUAGGCCAUCACAAUCAGAGCUUCAUUGGUGGGUAUGAUAAAACUGACAACGCAACAGGUAAACACUUGCAGCUUUUCCCAGCAACCGAUUGCAAAAUUAAUGUAAUCAACUACAAAUUUGGGCUAACUGUAAUACCACUAUAGCCGCCAUUUUUUAUCCAAACUACCCGAGGUAUUUGGUAUAAGGAAUUGCAAGACGCACGGCCUCUGCAUCGCAAGAGCAGAAGGGGGAGACAAUGAAAUCUUGGGUAAAAAAGAAGAGAACAUCACAACUGUCGCAGUAAAAAAAAAAGAACAGAAGACCACAGCUAUGGCAGCUAUAAUCAAUCAAGAAACGGCUGAACUCUCAUCUGGCCACAUUAAAGACCAGGUAAAGAAACCGUACGGAAAAAGAUCAGGUGUGCAGUACAGUACAGUACAGGAACACAUCAUUCUGAAGUGUGGGUGAAGUAAAGGCGGAGAGAAACAGAGCGAGGGUUGCCGAGGGGGAGAGAGAGAUCAUAUUUCAGCACCGGGAAGGGGCCCUGUCUUCCCAACGGGUGAAUUAGCUGACCAAUGUUGAACUCUCUGGCACACAUACACUGCAAGACGUUGGCAACCAAAAUGAAAAGACACGGGAAAAGAGAAUCACCCUGCCGAACUCCCAACUCAAAAGAAAUGGCUUCCCCAGAGCCAGGGGUGCCAUUGAUAAGAACCUGAGCCUGGCCAGAUCGGAGCAUGGUUUGGAUCCAUUUAAUCUGGCCAUCGUGAAAAUUUCGGUGACCGAAGAUUUCAAGCAGGUAGUCCCAAAGAAAUUUAUUAAAGGCUUUUUGAAAAUCCAACUUCAAAACAAUCAUUGGCAAUUUCCUCUUGACAGCUGACUGUACUAUCACCAAGGCAAGGAUAAAUUUUUCCACAAUCGAACGCCCCUUAAUAAAUCUGGACUGCAUAACAUCAAUAUGCUGAAUUUUGCAGUGUGUCUGUUUAACACCUUUGAGAUGACUUUUGCUGUAGAUCAAAGAGCUCCACACCAUUCUGCACCCAAGACUAUGAUCUUGUUUAAUUAGUGACAGACACAACUGAUCAUAUAGAAAGUUAAGACACUCAUCCCAAAAAUAUCCGGGAAAAUCUGAAUCUUUGAACUGUUAUCUCAUGAAUAAUGUUUCUACCCGCCGAACCAAACUCAAAAUAACACAAUUGCAUCCAAUCCAGAACAAAUUUCAUAGACGAUAGAAAUACAAUUAUCAACUUUGUAUUCCCUGUGUCGUGAGCUUUUAACCAGAACAUCGCAUAGUUGCCAGAAAAAUGGGGCAUACUCAAACAUCCUUACAGCAGCACCAGAGUAGGCGACACGCCAGUGAGGAUGCUCCUGAGUCAAUAGCACCUCCACCAGAUGUAGGUGUUUGCUGCAGAUCUGCAGGUCACACUACACACAUCCUGCAUCUAUCUCCUGUGUUGAUUAUUGUUGAGACAACGUUCUCUGAUAGGAUCUAACAAUCUUCUUGUUGGGCACCAAUUAAGUUUCCUGCUACCUCCUAUUCCCAUCUAUUCUUGCGUUCUCGACAUGUUAAACCUUGCACAACUAGCAACAUAGACCACUUUUCUUCUUCUUAUGAACUAUGUAGCAGUAGAAGUGAGUGCCGAUUAUUUAUGAACGAGGGGUGAGGGAGAGGGUGCAUAAGUGCAACACAAGUGCCUUCACCAACUGAAUAUUGGUGAAAAUCAGUGCUAGUUAACUAUCCGGUAGAUGAUGGUUGACGGAUGAAUUUAAAGCAGCGCAAUCUCUUCUUUUAUUUGCUGAUGAAAGCAGCAGAAUUGUAUUAAUUAGACUCUCCUUAUUUUUAAGCAUUUGAAGUUUCAUUCUUUUUUACAUGUCCAAUUAUGUUUCAGUAUUUCUUUUUGUUAAGUUUCAGUCAGUUACUUUUGUUAAGUUUCAGUCACUUUCCUGAACUUUCAGUCACCAUUUUAUUGUUACCUACCUCUGUACAAAAAAUAUAUUUUGAUACAGAGGUAGUACUUCACUAGUUUUGCAAUUGUUGCAAAUACAUUUUUCUUUUCGUGGAAUUGCAACUUGUCCUCGUUGUAAUUGCGCUUCACCUUUUUUGUAGUUUAUUUUUGUUUUCUUUUUGCUACGCACUUCAGUUGGGUGCGAAAAGAACAGUGUCGGUCUCAUCAUUAAACCACACACACACAUCGAUAUCUCAAUUUAUAGUAACCAACGAAUUGUUAUUCAGGUGCAAAGACCUCUUCUGACUGGGUUCGCCGGGUAGCCGGAGGAGAGCGACGACGAGAUUUCGACGGCGAACCAAGUGUCUGGUGCUGAUGUCCCCAGCGUUCUUCUUCCCCCACCCUUUCCAUUACCACCACACAAAUCCUGCCGUGCAUGCUAUGCAAGAGGCGAUUCAUCAUCACCACUGGAAAAAAACCUUUGAAUCUGCCUAUACUAGUUUGGAUGCUGGGCUUGACUCCACAGUCUCUACAUUUCAAGCCUCUGCACAGCAACAACAAGGCCCUCUGCACGCCCUCACCACCUUCAGUUCACCAUGACUCCCGUCCUCGUUGUUUUCACCAUGCUCUUGUGCCUACACACCUCAGCGAGUUCUGCCGUGACAGACACCAUCUUGCCCGGCCAAGCACUUGGCGUCGACAACAAGCUCAUCUCCAGCAAUGGCAGGUACGCGCUUGGCUUCUUCCAGAUUGGACACACCGCCAACUGGUACCUUGGCAUAUGGUUCAACACGGUACCGAAAUUCACUUCAGCAUGGGUUGCAAAUAGGGAUAAGCCAAUCAGGAACACCACCUCACUGGAGCUCACGAUCUCCCACGAUGGCAACCUUGUCGUCGUAAACCGGUCCACCAAGUCCGCGAUCUGGACUACACAAGCAAACAUCAAAAGAAAUAGCACCACUGCUGCUAUGCUGUUGAGUAGUGGAAAUCUUGUACUGACAGACUCUUCAAACUCAACAAAGGUUUUGUGGCAGAGCUUUGACCACCCCACAGAUACAUUUUUUCCUGGGGCGAAGCUCGGAUGGGACAAGGUCACCGGCCUGAAGCGCCGUUUUGUAUCUUGGAAAAACUUGGUCAACCCGGCUACCGGUGCGUACUGUGAACAAUUAGACCCCAGUGGUGUUGACCAGUUAUUGCUUCUGGCACUGAACUCAUCCAUACCAUAUUGGUCCACCGGUGUAUGGAACGGCAAAUAUUUCGCUGCACUUCCAGAGAUGUCAGCCCGCCACUCUAUUAGUCCAAAAUUUGUCGACAAUGACAAAGAGAAGUACUUGACGUAUAAUUUAGUAGCUGAAUAUAUGGAUCCAAAUAUGGUCACUCGUCAUGUCAUUGACGUCUCAGGUCAAGCGAAGACAUUCAUUUGGAUGAAGGGCUCAGAGGAUUGGGUAAUGAUCAAUGCCCAACCAAGAGCUCAGUGUGAUGUCCAUGCAAUUUGUGGACCUUUCACAAUUUGCACUGAUAAUAAAGUUCCACACUGCAACUGUAUGGAGGGCUUCACCAUAACAUCCCCAAAGGACUGGGAGCUAGAAAAUCGAGCGGGUGGGUGCUCGAGAAAUACUCAGUUAGACUGCAUUAGCAACAAAAGCACAACACAUACCACAGACAAGUUCUAUUCUGUACCAUGUGUUAAGUUGCCCCAGAAUGCCCCAAAAGUAGAAGCUGCUGCAAGCGCGAGUGACUGCGCACAGAUUUGCCUGAGUAAUUGCUCUUGCAGUGCAUACUCCUUCAGCGACAACAGAUGCUCUAUGUGGCAUAAUGAAUUGCUCAACAUAAGACAACUACAAUGUAGUGACACCACCAAUUCAAAUGGAGAAAUUCUUUAUCUUCGUCUUUCUGCUAAAGAUGUACAAAGUCUGAAAAACAACAGAAGAGGGAUAGUUGCUGGAAUUGUAAUUGGUACAGGUAUUUCGACUCUAGGCUUAUUUGCACUUGUCCUCCUACUAAUGAUUUGGAGAAACAAAAACAAGAGAUCUGGUCAAAUACGGAAUGAGUCUGAAGUUUGUGAUGGAAUCGCUGCAUUUAGAUACAAUGAUCUUCAACGAGCAACAAAUUCUUUUGCAGAUAAGUUGGGGGGAGGCAGUUUUGGUUCUGUAUUCAAGGGGUUUAUAAAGGGCUCCAAUGCCAUAGCAGUGAAGAGGCUUGAUGGUGCUUAUCAAGGAGAGAAGCAAUUCAGAGCUGAAGUGAGCUCAAUUGGAGCUGUCCAGCACAUCAAUUUAGUUAAGCUUGUUGGUUUCUGUUGUGAGGGUUCUAAGAGGUUGCUUGUUUAUGAAUACAUGUCAAAUCGCUCUCUUGAUGUCCAUUUAUUUGGAAGCAACUCAAUGUUGAACUGGACUGCUAGGUAUGAAAUCGGCCUAGGUGUUGCAAGAGGGUUGGCCUACUUGCAUGACAGUUGUCGAGACCGCGUCAUACACUGUGAUAUCAAGCCAGAAAACAUACUUCUUGAUGCUUCACUCCUUCCAAAAAUUGCAGACUUUGGGAUGGCAAAGCUUUUAGGAAGGGAUUAUAGCCGAGUAUUAACAACAAUGAGAGGAACAACAGGGUACCUUGCGCCUGAAUGGCUUACCGGUGUUCCUAUUACACCAAAAGUCGAUGUUUUUAGCUACGGGAUGGUGUUGCUGGAAAUAAUAUCUGGAAGGAGGAACUCAUGUCCGACAGUUCCUAGCGGUGGCAACACUGAUGUUUACUUUCCUGUGCAUGCCGCACAUAAGCUUCUUGAAGGAGAUGUCGGGAGUUUGGUAGAUCACAAGCUACAUGGUAUUGCCAAUCUAGAUGAGCUUGAAAUUGCUUGCAAGGUUGCGUGUUGGUGCCUCCAAGACAAUGAGCUUGAUCGGCCAACAAUGGGACAGGUGGUUCAGAUUCUGCAAGGGCUAGUUGAGAUCACAAUGCCCCCGAUACCAAGACUGCUCCAAGCUAUGGCUGGAAGCUCGCAUUCAACAUGCUCCUUUUUUGUUUCAGGAAAACGAGCUGCAUUGCAUGUCUAGACAUUAUAAUAUAUGUCUAUUUUGAAGACUGAAGUAGUAUUUACUAUACAAUUGUAAUGUUUGUGAUUGAAGAAACAGCUGUGUUCUAUAUAAAUUUGUAACUAUAUAUCUUGAUGUACCCUCACUGCAUCGUUAUAAUCUCGAGCCAUAUCGAAAUAGGCGUCAUAGAUAUUUCAGUUUUUCUCUACUUAGCAUGGAAUUUCUAGCUUUUAAGAUCCAACUUGGAAGCUUAUCUUAGCCUUAUUCUUUUCUUUUUCAGAAAUGAUAAAUCCCAAAAGUUCGGGAUCUGACCAUGGCAAAUCGAACGUUUUUUAUGGCAAUUGUAGUUGACGCGAGGAUGACAAGUUUAGUUGGCAAGCACGGCAAUUUCCUAGCAAAAAACAAACUAAGGGCGGAAUUGCCAUGUUACCAACUAAACUUGUCAUAGUGAAGAAAUAUAAAUUGCCAUAAAAGAUGUUCGAUUUGCCAUGGUCAGAUCACGAACUCGUUCGGGACUUAUCGGCGUCCUUCAUUUUUUUGAAAGAGCUUAGCCUUGCAUAACACCUAGCAGGAUGCUGCACAAUCUACAUCCUUAUAGGAUACUGUAAAUGGCCGGCAUAAUGGUAGCCAUGGCGGCAUGGCACGGUUAAGCCGUGCAGGCAAUGCAACUGCCAAAACAGCACGGUCAUCUUCGCCUACGGUAUCCCAUAAACUCACCGGCAUAGGCGCAGGCUCUGGUAUGGCCCGAGGCAUGCAGGCGGUGAUCCUUGCUUGCUCGGUGACGGGGUGCACGCGGUGGCGGCGUGGCUGAACACUGUGAUAGAGCCGAGCAGGCAGGACGGCGGGGGCCGCAGUUUGAGCCGGAGUUGGUGGGGAAGACGGACAUCUCGAUCUCCAGUGCC